AUGGGGGAGCUGCAAUCCCCAUCUGGUGAAAAGGAGAUGGCGGAAUCGAUUUCCGUAUUAAGUACACCCACUAGAAUUGGCUCUUUAUAUGAUGGAAACAAGAAUAGGCGUCGGUCUCAGAUGUUCAAAAGACAAGUAACUGAUGUCUCAUUCACGAACCUGGAUAGUCAAAACAAUAACAAUCAAGACACAGAGGAUGCGGAGACGGAUGACGAAGAGUUUGAAGAAGAAGGAAAUCUGGCCUUUCAUGUCGGAGGUUUGGGGCAAGAUCUCCUAGAUUAUGAGGUUCCUUAUUCACCGGUAGAAAGUGUCACAGAGAAGUUUUCAACCAUGUCUGUGAGGGGAAAACGGUCUUCCAAUGACAAUGAAGUAGACAAAUUGAAGAGGGAAAAGCUAAACUAUCAGUUACAGCUUCGGUUAUUGAGUGAAUUUGCCAGAAAGGUGAUCGAGACUUGUGAACAUGGUGAAGAGGUAAAGCAAGAUCUUAUCAAUACACUCGAGAAUGAGUUUCUGCUGUUCAAUCCACAUUGUGAACAUUGUGAGGAAAAGAGUCACCAAGUAGAGAGAUUGGAAAAGGCCAAUGUAGAGCUCGAUACCGAAUUACGCGCCAUAAUUGAUAGCUUUGAGUCUCAACAGGAUGAAGUACACAAUCUCAUUCAGGCUCAAAAGAGUGUAAACAAGGUGAUCAACUCGAUAAUAGGUUUGUUUGAGGACAAAGAUAAAUCAAACUUUUUAGGCUUGACAACAGAAGAAAAACUAGAUCAAUUGUUUCCUUUGGUUCAGGCAAAACUAAAUGCCAUCAAGGAUGAAAAAGACAAACUAAUAAAUGAACUAACCAUUAAGCUGAAAAAUAAAGAAUCAGACUUGAAAAAGAAUGAAGAAUUAAACAAUAACCAUAUUCACAAACAAUCAUUCAAGCAAGAAGAUCGGAUCGAUGACAACAGUCAAUCCGAGGCUGAUAGAAUAGUCACAUUGCAAGCAUUGUUAGCGGAAGCAACGACUAGAGAGACCCACUUAAACACAGAAAAAAACCAACUUAAUGAAAAACUAAAUCAUCUGGCAAGUGAACGAAGUAAUGCUAUUCUUAACCAAAAGCAUGAAAUUGUUUGGAGAUCCCACUAUCUGCAAGCCUGUAAACUCAACAUAGACGCAUUUUCCAAGUUUAUUACGAGUUUCAGUGAAAUUUUAGAUGGAGAAUCCAUAAACGAAGCAGUAUCCCGUAUUAAGCGUCUGCAAAGUUUAACAACAACAUCACCUAAUCAUGCAAAAAUAUCAGGUAUUACAAGCUCCAUUCUGCGCUACUUCAACGUAGCGAUCAAAACUAUUGUGGAUCAGCAUAGCCAGCUACUACUAAAGGAAGCUAAUCCAAUAGAUAAUCAAGUUCACGAAUUACAAGAAGAGAAUAGCGCUCUGGAACAGCAUGUUCAAUCUUUCAUAGAUCAGUCUUCCACCGUAGAUGAACUCGCACGAAUGCGAAUUGAAGAGUUGACCAAGAAAUGGAAAAAUGAAAGAGAAGCUCGUAGUUACGAAAACGAACAAGCUAGAAGAAGGCUAAAGGAAGUCGAAUCUGAAAACGACAAACUCAAGACAAUCAUAGCUAGUUUGAGAAAGGAGUAA